AAAUGAAGCAUGAGGUGAAGAGUGGAACUUGGAAUUCAGAGGACAACUCUGUGUACAGUUGCUCACCACAUUGCAGGAGGAAUCACUCAUGGUGGAGAUGAAGAGCGCUACAGCUGUCACAAUGCUGGUUGUUCUUCAACUUGCACUAUCGACUGUCGGUCAAACUUAUCAAUACAGCAGGGGGUGGACGAAUGGAAGGAAAAGGUCUCACGAAGUAGAAAAAGAACUUCAACAGUAUCCUCUUUCCUUCUCGUCCACCAGACCCAAUGACUUUGAUGACGAUCUUAUCGAAAUGAUUACUCAAGAUACAUCAUUCAGAAAGAAAUUAAGUCAGCUUUUAUGGAAAUUGGAGCAGCAGGAGGAAAAUGGUCGAAACUUUUGACGUUUAAACGACAAAAAGAAUUUGCUAAGAGUUAUGUUACAGCAUAUACAAGCUUGGGUCACAUUAACUUAAAAAAAAUGUAUGCUAAUUUCCAUACCAAUGUAAUUUGUCAAAUAAAGAAUUUUUUAGUCUCUUU